AUGCCUCAAAAUGAUUUGGAGAAUAUAAAAUCUCCGAAGGACUUGACAUGUCCUUCUGGCUCUUUUCAAAGCUACUUGCUGGAUAAAAACGAUCGUCUUGAAUCGUCCUACACACCGAUUGGCAAGAUGAAUUCUAAGAUGAAUAUCGACAAUAAUACGCUCACAAUAGGUGGAUCUAUGAGAUCGCGACGCACACGUAACCCCCGUUUCACCCCCAAUGCGAACGUAAUACGAGGCUCGAAGCCCUCACUAACAACUGAAAAAGUCGAGACAAACACCCCUACAAGCCCCGAAACCGCCGAGAUCAGUAUUCCAGGGUCUGAACUGGCUCCAGGACUGCCCUUUCAAGCCGUCAGCAGACCCAAAACAAAUUUCCAGCUGGAGUUAGUGCUACAUGAACCUAGAUUCUCGGAAGAAAUGGUCAUGCUCGAUCUCGCAAGCGUACCUGGAAUCAAAGAGGGAGACCUUGCCGAACUAAAGACUUAUAGAGGUAAGAAUGGCACCAAGGGCAAAAAAAUCUAUUUCGUAGUCAAGGAUUUCGACAAAGACCUGCGAAAACGUUACAAAAACGCCCAAGUUUCUGUGUUAUCCGGCCCCCUACAGCACUUGAUUGGCCUACCUUUGCGUUCAAAGGUCUGGAUAAAGGCCAAAGACAAGGAAACAUGUCAAGCGGACCUUGUUGAGCUCCACGUUAAGGACUGUUUGGUGCAUCGGGGUGAUAUGUGGGUCUUUUCCUCAGAAAUUCUCGGUAGCUGCGUUUAUGCACAGCAGAAACUUACUUUUGUCGAUAGUAUCAGAGCCACAGUGAAACAGGUUUACCGUGACGGGAAAAAGGUGCUAUCAGGCUACAUUGGAGACAAAACGAAGGUUGUCUUCAGAUCAGAAUCAGCGCGAUUGAUCUUUUUAAUCCAAAUAACGAACGAAAUGUGGCACUUCGAGGAAAACGGAGAUAUAUUCUUCUACAAGGUGAUCAACUCUUUGUUCCCCACCAUUUUUAAAAAAUGGAAGAAUAUAGGAACUCACCACACGAUCACCAUUGUCUUUUCCGCCUCACUAGAUUUGUCAGAUAUUCCGUUUAUCGACGUCCCAGAUGGUGAAAGGCCGAAAAAUGCAAGGGAUUACUACCGUAUAGUCGUCGAUCAGGUAAACAUUGUUCAUUGGACCGAAAUCAUGAAAACCUUGAGGAGUGAAUUCUUUAAAAUCGCCAGGGACCUGAAGACAUUCCGAAGAGAGGACGGUGUCUCAACGUUAAGGGGACGCUUUUCUCCUGCUACUAAAUCUAAUAUUUUGGAGACUAUCUGUAUGGCCACUACCUUCCUAACAAAUCCCUUCAGGCAACCAGAUCUCAGACGAACUGGUGCACACGUCAUUAUAAUUAGUCCUGGCUCUUGCAUUUACGAUGUUGACUACGACUUACUAAAGGCCACAAGUAAAAAGAUUCAGUCAAUUGAGCUUUCUCUUGACGUCAUUUGCCUGGGGAGGCCUCCGCUGCAUGUUGUACCCCUCUUGCGAUAUCGAGAUUAUGAUAAUAAACUACGUUAUUGCGCUCCUUCCUGGGUCAACGUGUCUUUUUGGCGUUAUUCGAAUCAUUCUAGCGACUCCUGGUAUCCAAGAUGUAAAAUGCAUGAUCUUCAGAUGAUGGGACUUACCGAAACUGAGAUGAAUGAGGAGAUAGCCAUCGAUUACAUGGAACCGCCCGCAAACGUGACUUCGAUUUCUGAGCUUAUGAAACAGUAUGACUACCAAGCUUUCACUGCCGAGAAACAUGUACAAGAAGAGGAUACUUCGUCACUUUCCUCGGAACUUGUCGUUGAAACGCGACCUUCAGAAGAUGCGAGACUACUAAAAAAACCGGUCAAAGUCUCCCUUGCUUGGAGUCCUCCGAAAUCAGCAUCGCCGCUAGUUGAACCUACGGCCCCUUUACAAGUGUUCGGAGAUUUGGCACAUGCUUCGCAUGAGCAGGCUUUAGUGAGUGCUGAAGGUGAUAAAAGUAGACUUCAGGAUCUUGAGGUAAAGAAUGGAAGCGAGUCGCGGGCUGUUAACCAGCUGAAAAGUGUAGCGAAGGGCGGAAAUAUUGCACAACGGAUUGUGUCAAGGUUCCGCUCCGACACUGAAAGCAAGUCGCGGAGAGGCAUGAAAAUCUCUACUAAAAGUACGUCUCACUUAAACAACUCUCAAGUGGAGAAUGACAACCAAACAAUUGAUUCAAAUCUGGAAUUUACUAAUCGAAUGCCUGUUCUCAAGAAAAAUCUAUCUUCUUUACAAAAAUCAUCGCACAAAAGAGUACCAUUUGAAUUCGCGUCUUCUUCAGCACAAUCGCUUUCAAGCUCUCCCUCGCACCCUCAAAUACCCUACUCCACCAAGACAGCACAACGAAAGUCCGCAGAUAGCACAAUGGCAACCCUCUAUAGCUGGCUACAGAUUGAAAACCCAUCGAUGCCUAUGAGCUCGGAGCGGGCUGGCGCUUUAAUUACGCCACAGUACAGAGAUGUUUUUCCGAAGUACGUUGCGAAGAGGUACAGCAAAUGGAGAUCACUGACGACACCAGCAGAACUUCCAAUUACCAUACCAACUUUCCCAACUAGAAGCGACUUUGAGCAUAAUUUUACUUUCACAAACCAUUCCGUGAUUUUGAACCCUGACCAAAUGGUGAAAAACCAAACGGCAUUCGAUUUAUUGAGGGAUAUGGUGUAUGUUAGGCUCCUGGCCGGAUUUCAAAUCUGCAUAGGCUCUAGCGUAGAGAAGGUGGAGACAUCUAAAAGUCACGAAAGUGACAGUCGAAAAAUCACCAAGAACUUAACCAAAGACAAUUAUAUGGAUGUUAAAAUGUACAUGAUGUUCGCAGAAGAGAUUCACAGGUUGAGUUGUGACUACGAUGGUACCAUAAAUGUUCAAAGGCACGUUCGUAAAGACCUUAAUGCUUUAACUAAUGGGGUGCCCACUUACAAUCCACAGAUAAAAACUCGGUACGAAAACUCAUACAGGGAUACAAUGACAGACCCUUUAAAGAUGGACAGAGAGAGAUAUAAUUGGAAUCAAUUAGACCAGAUGUUAGCGGGUUAUGGCGAUGCAGUUAUUGAAAAGAACAAAAAGAGAUUCAGAUCGAAAUUUGUUGUGCUUCCAUCUGAAAUACCUACGAAUACAUUUUCUUCCACGAUCAACGGUCGAUCAGAAGUAUUAAGUGCUGAAGAGAUCCGGCUUGAAGGAUUGAGAAGACUCAUUAGCACCAUCUACCGGUCAAGGUUCAAAAAUGUUGGUGAAGAUGUGAGUAGUCGGAAGGAAGAAAUUGCACCCGAAAUCCUGUUUUACACGGGCUCGCUGUUUAAUUUUAUUGACGAACAAGCUGAUAUUCUCAAAGUGGCGGGAUCAACAAAGAAUGACUUCACUUUCCUGAAGGAGGGUGACGGACUCUCUAAAGACAUUAGUAUUGUCGAUCUUGCUCAUGAAAUGGAAUACGGGAAGAAUCAUCUGCGAUUAGUUAAUCGUAAGUGGCAUUGGAAAAAACAUAAUAACUGCUUCCUGGGUCUGGAACUGGUGAACUGGUUAAUUGAGAACUUUUUAGACAUCGACACCCGUGAUGACGCCGUUUCUUACGGGCAAGACUUGAUGAAUCAAGGUUUGUUUGUUCAUGUCGAAAAUAGACAUGGAUUUUUGGAUGGUCACUAUUUCUACCAAAUCAGCUCGAAGUACGUCAACGGCCUCGAAGUCAAGAAUGUGGAUAUAGACGAGCGUUCGUCGCAGGCUGAGAAUGUGUCUAGGAAGGGUUCAGUGGCAGAGGACGCUGAUCACACUGUCGACGGAACAGGACUGAGAGGUGUAAACUCGGUCGAAAGUGCGGCCGGCGAAAAGAUUGACGCUGAACCGAGAAAAUCCACCGUACUCCUCAGCAAUGUUAUAACUGUGAAUGCCGAUAUAAGUAAAAGAUCUUACAAACCCGAGAUCUGCAGAGUUCACUAUGACAGAGUUCACAAUCCUGAUCACUGUUUCCACAUAAGACUCGAAUGGCUGACUGCGACGCCUAAAUUCAUCGACGAUCUCAUUAAUAAUUGGGCCAGAUUGUGUAAACGGUAUGGUUUGAAGCUGGUUGAGGUUCCUUGGGUUGAGCUGUGUACAAUACCUUUAUCCAACCCAUUUCACACGUUUGUUGACAUAACACUGGCGAUCAAUCCAUGGGAGGAUCCAGAAUUUAAAAACGAAGUCCUAAUUUCACAAAGCCCAUAUUAUUACCAUACCUUUUUACUGGAAAAGAAUGGCUUUUUCAUUGAUAAUCGAGCUUCUCAGCUGUUAAGGAAGGGUAUCACGGGUCAUGAGGUAGUCUACUCUUGGGGGCUGCCAAAGUUCAAAUAUGCUCAGUAUAUUCAUUGUACUGGGGCCUACAUCGCAGAAAUUAGAGAAAACGGCAAUCUCUUUCUGGCUCCCAACAACAGACAUCUGUCCAGAGUAAAUGUUGACUCUGUGAUGUUGAAGGCCAAGCAAAUACCCCGGUUCGUGCUUGAUUCGCAGAAAAUCAUGCUGGCUUUCAAGAAGACGUGCUUAGACUACGACAGGUUGCACGACGUAUUCGCUGAAGCCAAACAGGUUUGGCAAGGGGAUCCCGUUUACGUUUAA